CACUGCGUCGUUAAGCUCGACACUGCGGGUUGCUAGCCCCGCGUCUGGGAAAAAAUAAGCCUCAUACCAAGGAAAGCUUGUGUACUGCCAGUUCCAUAAUGGAGGUCUCUGAUCUUUCUACGGGAACUGACAAUCUCUCCCUGAGUGAGAUGGACAUAUCUUUAUCUGAUGACAACACAACACCAAAAGUUGACAAUGAUACUAAUGGAUCUUUAGAGGACGGCAAUGCAACGGAACCUAUGUGUGUGCUUCUUCGAGAAAAAUAUCAUGCAUUUUUGGCUCAUAGUAAUACUGAUGCUAAGUUUGUGGAAAGUAUCAUGGACACAUUGGAGAAAAGAGGAAUCAGUUGCUGCUACUCAAAAAGAGAUUUCCGCCUAGGUACUUCAACGGUGUCUUGUAUCAAUGAAGCUCUGGACAGGAGCAAGUUUGUUAUCUGCUUUCUUUCAAAAGAUUUUCUUACAAGUCCUUGGUGCAAGCAUGAAAGAGAAUUGGCGUUGCAUAAAGCUGCCGAGACGAGUGAAGACAUUGUCGUCCCUAUCCUGAUGGACGCGUCUGUUGAAGAUUUGCCAUUGAAUAUACGGCGCUUAACUCAUAUCAGACGCGAGGACAUCGAUUUUGAGAAGUUGUUUUCUUCGCUUGGAUUUCCAGAGGGAAACUCCCGUCCAACGUACAUUGAUCUUGAGACUGCUAACGCAGAACUGAAGACCAAGUUGGAGGAUGCUCAGAUCAAGUUGAAGGAUGCUCAGAUUGAGUUGGAGGAUGCUCAGAAAUUAAUCAAAAUAAAAGAUGACGCCUUGAUUCAGCAGCAAAUGCACAUCAAGCAGUGCGAAGAUAAGGUGAGCCAGCAUGAAUCUGCAAUGGCUGCCAUGAAACUACGGUGUCACGAUCUUCAGCAGAGACUAGAUAGAAGAGAUGCCGAGCUAAAAGAAAUGAAGACCAAGUUGGAUCAUUGUCUGAAUGAGGAUGAAAAUAAGCAACAACAAAUGAGUGAUUCAGCUCUUACGACCACCGUUGAAGAUUUACCGGAAAAGCAGAUUGGCGACAUCCAAACUGAUCCUACAUUGUCUCUGAAAGAUGUUCAAGAGUUUCACUGCCGACUUGGGUUAGCACAGAAACGACAAAGAGCGGUAAGCCCUGGUCGGUACUAUUUUUGGCGCAGGAGAGAUGCAAAAGUAAAAGAAAUGAAGACCAAGUUGGACCAUUGUCUGAAUGAGAAGGCUGAAAUUAAGCAACAACAAAUGAGUGAUUCAGCUGUUAAAGAUUUGCCAAAAAUGCAGAUGGGCGACAUCCAAACCGUUCCUACGUUGGCUCGUAAUGGGGUGAAAGAGUUUCGUCGCCUACUUAAGUUAGGAGAGAAUUAUGGCCAAAAAUCAAGUUGGCAAGACGUGAUCAAUACUUUGAAAGGUGCAGAGCGCAUUGUGAAGGAGAACACAAACAAUAGUAUCCCAGAGAGUAUGGUCUUUGAAAUGUUUAGGUGUCUGUGGAAAGCUUACAGGAAUCUUAAAGACUACCAAACAUCUAUCAACUACUGUAACGAAGCUUUAUCAUAUCAGCACAAGUUGUUUGGUCCUGGCUGCGUUAAUUUAAAACUAGCACAGUGCUAUAUCAGCAGCGCCUUCGCACACGAACAGUCGGGAAAGCUCGAUGAUGCAGUAGAAUUGUACAGUACAUCUGUCAUAUAUCUCAGAAUACUCCGUGACAAAAACAACUGUGAUGAAUACCCCAGAGAGAAACUGCCGCUUUCUUUGCGACUUUUAGGGCGUACAUAUUUAAAGAAACGUGACACGGAAGCUGCCAGCAAAUAUCUAAACUAUGCAUUAGAUGAAGAGAUCAAGUUACAUGGACAGGACGAAGCACACUGUCAUAUCAAAGCAAUUAGAUCUCUUUUGGACGAAACAAAACGCAUCUCAUAAGAACUUAGCAAAAUAAAAACAACAAUUAACUAUAUGUACGUGCUUCAGAUUUUGCUGGAUUUGGUCUGAUGAAUAUGAUAGGUCAAGAAAAUAAUGUCAUCCCUAUGUAAACGGUGCAUGAAACCUGCAGUCAAAAUGAUUAGUACACGCAGAUUUAUUUUUGAUUUAGAAAUGAUUGCAGUUUUAAAAAAUGAUCAGUUAAUCAACUUCACAAGUUUUUCAUAUUCUGCGUUGAACCCAAAAUACCGUAACUUAAUUUCCAUUUUAAUUUUUAAUUUGAGGGAGGCAUUGGUGAUUUACUUGACCAGUCAGGAACACGCCUGUCAUGGCCAUGAGUUCAGGGCUUUUAGUUCAAAGUGAACAUAUUUCUUAGAAAAAAGUUGAUUGCAGAUUUGUGUAUUUUAGCUAUAGAGAACGUGAUGACGCUUAAUGUUCGGGACUAACCCCAGUUUAGUGAACAAUUUAUGAUGCCUUUUGUCUAUUAAUUUAUGUUAUUUCAUUUUUUCGCAAAUUGUUACAAUAUUAAGUUUUUAAAACUGACUCAGUUUGUUGACCCAAUUAUUUGGAAGUAAUUUACAAAUAUAUCAAUCUAUAACACAUGUACACAAAAAAAAAAACAACAACGCGAAAAGAGUAUACAUAUUGGGGGCGCGAACUAGUAUAUUACACAGAUUGCUAGACAUACGAACGUCACUGUGACUGUCUCCAUAUGGUAUCUGCUGUCCUCUUUUGGAUUUAUAUUCUUCAUGUAUUUAUUUAUUUUAUUUCAUCUAGCAUUGUUUUUGUUUCUAUCCAUUAAGAGUGUUUGAUAUGAUACAGAAUGCUACCUUUGUUAAGAUAUGUUAUCAGAACUAGGACUGGAAAGAAAGAAAAUAAUUAAUUGAAAAAAGUAUAUAUUACCCUCUUUAGCCAAUUUACGUUCUAAAAUUACCUGGAUCAGUAUAGAAUAGUAUUGAAGCUCUCCAGCAAUGUAUAUUGUAAUUUUUAUUGAUUUACAUUGAAGCUUCACUUAUGUUAUUACCAAAAGUAUCGGAAUUUGAUUUAUAAAGUCAUGGGGUGGUAAACGACCCUAUAUGCCGGUAUGAUGAGGGUUUACUUUAAUUUUAUGUGAGUUUAUUAUUCCAGUCCGCUUUGGAAAGAGCAUUGUUCGUUUUUAUUAAAUCCAUCUUAAAAGGAA